ACGUCCAGGCGAUGCAGGGGAAAGGAUCAAGGAAGGCCAAUUCUCUACACCAACUUCCUGUUGCGAUGUCUCGUGGAUGCCAUAGCUGUUUGCGUGAGGGACUCCUCCGCCAUCACAUCGGUCACUCUAGAUGGGAUUCCGCUGACGCUCAAGUACCUGAACAUCCUGUGCACCGGGCUGAAAAACAACCAGAAGCUGAUAAGUCUGUCUCUGACGAGAUGUCGUAUUGGAGACGUAGGCUGUGAUUUGCUGUUGAGCUGCUUGAGGAACAAUCCGAAUCUCUGCGUUCUGAACCUGUCGUCUUGCAGACUGACGAACAGGAGCGCCAUGUGCCUGUCGCUGUUCUUGAAGAGAAGGAAGGCUGAUCUGUUGCAGAAUAUUUGGGAGCAAUCCGCCGUACAGUCUCAGGAUGACAGUUCUGAUAGGAAGCCACAAGGAUUGCACACGUUGAUACUGAACCAGAAUCCAAAACUCGGUGAUAGUAGUGUAAGACACUUGAUUUAUGCAUUGAAGAGCGACGUCUGGUUAAAAUCCUUGAGUCUGAGACAUUGUGGGAUCAGUAAGCGUGGCGCAGAAAUGAUGAUUCGGUUAUUGCAAUCAAACAACAGGAUCACGAAGUUGGACCUUACUGAAAAUCGUAUACCCAUUAACACUCUUCAAAUGAUGUUAAGGAUACUGAAGAGGAGACGAGAAAUAGUAGAAAACGCAACGCUGAAGAAGAAAUAUCGAAUAGGAUGGAAAAGACGCGUGUUCAGGAAUGGAAUUGGUAGAUUUAUGGAGAAACGUAGAAAACACUUAAGAAAUCGUACAGGGAGGCUGAGGAAAUAUUCACUGCAGAAGCAUGGUUGGAAGAAGAUGCAGAGGUUCGAAAGAAGAAUGAAGCAGUCGAAGCAACUACGAGUUACAGAGGAAGAUUAUGGUCGAAGGAAGAAGCUGGGUGACUUGGAAUUGCAAAUGCUAAAUCUCAUCGAGUCUAAUUACAAAUUGAAGGAAGAACUUUUGAACAAUAAAGUAUUACUGAACGUGGAGGCACAGUACAGAUCGAGGAUGGAAGACGAGUUGCAGAAAAUAUCUUUGCGAUUGAACGAUCUGAGAAGCAAAGUAGUCAUGAUGAAUUGUCUUUCUACGAAGAUCUGUAACGAGACUCAAUUAUCGAAGGAACUUAAAUAUAUUUUUGAAAAAUUCGAAUCAUUUUCGACGAUAAAAGAGAAGAACGGUGUAAAUGAGGAAGUUUUAAACACCGCGGAGCCAUUGUGGUCAUCGCCGAUAGCGGAGCAGGGGGAAAGCAAUGUAAAUCAAAUGCUUGCAAUGGAAACCUCAUUUCGUAUUCCCAUGACAAAUUUUAUUUCAUAAUUUUUGUAGAUGUAUGUAAAUAAUCUGCGAAUAUUUAUACGAUGUCUGUUUUAAUAAAGGAAUCGUUUUAAUAUAAUUUUAGAUUGUAUUUUCAAAGCAAAAUUGUGAAAAUAUAUAUUUAGCAAAGAG